AUGUCCAAUUCAAAAGAAGGUUGGUUAAAAAUUAAAAAACAAGAUCAAAGUAAAUGGCAUCGUCGAUUUUGUAUUAUUGAUUGGGAUAAAUCUGUUUUAUUUAUUGCAUCAAAAUCUGAUACACGUUAUAGAGAUUGGAUUAAACUUUUACCAAAUAUAAUUAUUAAUGAUUUGGAAUAUUCAUUUACUAAUGAAUCAAAUAAUAAUAAUAAUAAUCAUAAUUUAUUCAAUAAUACAAUUGAAAUUUUAGCUAAUAGUAUGAAAGAAAAGUUUUUUUUUUUUUGAUAAAUUGAAUUGUAGAUUUUCUUUUUGUAUUUUUGAGAUGGUACAUC